AAACACAACUUCGGGGACAAAACUCACCACGACAAAACUCUCAAACUAUUUUCUAUCUUGACCGGUACCCCUAUUUUAGAAAAAUCGACUAGCUCGGCAAGACAAGGGUUCGGCUCCAGUGCUGAGCGUGUCACCAUGUUCAAUGCGCUGAACCGCUUCAUGUCCCGCCUGGACGGGCAGCAACCGACCCAUCAGAGCAACAACCAGGGGUCCUUUGGCUUCCAGGUAUUGCGUAACACCAACCUCGAGCUCUAUAUUGAGCCGUGGUUUGACUUCAUUAUUGGUAUCAAUGGCCGUCCUAUUGACAACCCCGACCCCCGACUCUUUGCCCAAGAAGUCCGCAACUGCGCCGGCGGUACACUCUCCCUCGGCCUCUGGUCUGCCAAAGGCCAGCGCACGCGCGAGCUGCACGCCUUGGUCCCCGCCGACACCGCCUCCCUCGGCCUCUCCCUGCAAUGGACGCCCCUCGCCGUCGCCGCCAAUGUUUGGCACGUCCUCGACGUCGCCGCUAACUCGCCCGCCGACUCCGCCGGCCUCCUGCCCUACGGCGACUACAUCCUCGGCAGCCCUGAGGGCGCGCUGCACGGCGAGGGCGGGCUAAGCGAGCUUGUAGAGGACCACAUCGGCCGCCCCCUGCGGCUGUAUGUGUACAACAACGAGUACGACGUCACACGCGAGGUGACGAUCCAGCCGAGCCGCGACUGGGGCGGCGAGGGCGCCCUCGGGUGCGUCUUGGGGUAUGGCGCGCUGCACAGGUUGCCGCCGCCGCUGAACGAGCCUGUCCAUGCGCCGGGGGAGAUGAUGUUCGAUGGGGAGAAGGACCCGGCCGCCUCGUCGUACGGGGCCGCCACUGCCGCAGGAGGCGAGGCGCCGCAGGAUCUCUUUGUGCCGGCUGCAGGCGUACCGCCCUCGGGGGGUGAUUUCUUGGUGCCCGCGCAGAUGGUCGAUGCGAGCGGGGCGCCGCCGCCGCCGCCGUCGCUUGGGGGCACGGCGACGGCGAGGAAGAAGAAGGACAGGCAUCACGGCGGGAACAAUUUCAUGGAUGACUAUUUCAAAGAAGAGGAGAAGAAGAGCAGGGAGGCGGACAACGCGCCGAGCGGGAGAGGGACACCAGUCGCGCCGCCGCCGAAGAUGGGUGGUCCGCCGCCGCCGCCGAGAGCGGGCUCCGUGGGGCCGCCCAACGAAGAGAAGCAGGCCGCUGUCGAAGGGGCCGAUUGAUGUGGAGACAGCGUCGGAAGAGAGACAUGCAUGGAUUAUAGAAUGGGAACUUUUGGAGUUCGUUGGCAUCAUGAUGAUUCCCAGAAUUGCAUUUUUUUUCCUUCGUCUCCUUCUUGAGAUAUCUACGUGCUGAUGAUACAACGCCUGCUUGUAUAAUGUACAUUGGCUUGAUUCGUCCCGCGUGCUGCUGCUGCUGCUGCUGCUGCCCAUUGGGUUCGGGCAUGGCUUCGAUAGUGUACCGAACAUGUCUAACU